ACAAGAUAGACUUUACAGGAAAACAGACUAUUAUCUAUAAGGACAAAUCUUGAGGGAAAAUCAACAACUCUUAACGGUGGGAGAAAAUCAGGCAAAUCAGUAUUCAGGCUGAUUCACAGCUGUGGAGUCUCAGUCAAAGUGAAAAUAAGAAAACACCAGGAUGGCUAGCCUGGCAAACAAGCUUCAAAAGUUGGAGCUCCUCCUCAAGAGUCAACACAGCAAAAGAGUUGGUUACGGGAAGGCACUGAGAGAGGCCAUCCUUUCAAUGGAUCACUCAAUGGAGGCAGAAGUCUUAAAAAGUCUUGGAGACCUGCAUCUUCGGAGAGGCAAGCUCAGCAAAGAUUCCGCAGAGUUUGACAAGGCUGCUGCCCUGUAUGCUGCUGCCCUACUGCGCUGCACAGACCCAGACAUGAGACAAACACUGGAACAUCGUAUCGGCUACAUGGAGAAACUCUCCAGACAACUUCUGCAGGGGUACACUCCGCAUUUUGUGUGGCUCCCUCCAGGCUACCGAGGCAAAAUUACGAAACACAAUGUCCUAAGGGUGGCAAAAUUUUGUAGCAGACUGGACCUAAGUAUCGAGAAAUCCUCAUCUGUUGAAGAGACUUACACAGAAAUGUUAGUGACUUCAAUCGAAAAUGGAGACAUAUUUCUAGAGCUCGAGUUGCUAAAAUCUCUUGGUGAUUUGUAUCUCGAGAAAGGCAAGAAGACUGCAAAUUUAUCCCAGUUCUCCAAGGCAGCUGCCAUGUACGGCAAGGCCCUGACAAGGUGCCAGGAUACAGACACAAAACAGACUCUGCACCAUCGAGUCUUGUACAUGGUGAAAAUCUGGCACGCAGUGAUCAUGAGAAGGGUAAGUAUAAUAGUUUCACCAUCAGUAAAUUCUGUGUGUAAAAUGUGUUUGAAAGAUACUAUCAUUUUGAAGGAGGAAAACUGAUAGGCUGUCAUCAAUGUCUUUUCUUAGUUUUUGGACAUUUUAAUAAUUUUCACGGUCAAAAUAUGACAUUAGUAGAUAUCAUAAAAACAGAGGGAAUGGAGGAAAACUUGAAUACGACUCUUAGUUAUUGCUGAUAUUUAGUAUGUGGUUGAUAGGUCUUAUUGAGACCUUGAAAUGAUUAGAUUUCGAGCCCCCAUAGCGACUUCUUAUGGAACUGCAGAUGGG